GACUGCUGCUUCCGGGAACAUGGCCGGCUAAACAAUGACAAAAGUCUCUCUCCUCAAAAUCAAGAAGAAACUUUUCGAAAUGCAAACUGCUUGGCUUAACAAAAGUGUUUGGAUUCAGUGCGUGCAAUUAGGUCGUUUAUUUGGUUUACAUCUGCAUGCAUGUUGUUUAAGGUGAUGUUUAAGUCGGACUAACUUGGCUAUCUUGCCAGCGAAGGUAGCCAACUUUUCACAUUCAGCAGAAUUAGCCUAACGUUAGCUAGCAAAUGCGAAGUGGCUUACAUGUCAACAUAGCUAGGAACAUAAGUAUUGCUAUUGGCUGCUACACUUGAAGCCCGCAACUGAUUUAUUAAGUUCCACGAUCGACACGUUGCAGUGCUGGCUUGUGUAACGUAGAUGCGUUUGUUAUUUUUAUCGGGGUGUCUCGCUGGUUUAUUGUUAUGUUUUCGCAGCUGCGUACAGCUGUCUAGCUAGCUUGAUUGACAUUAAUUUCAAUGGCUCACUGUAGUUCAGAUCCAAGUGGGAAGGUACCCCGUCCAGAUAGCUUAGUGUUGAUGGCAGGAUCUCCUGGAAGCGUUGAUCAGGCUAUGAAGCCGGUGUUGUUUGAAAUAUUUGGAGAGUUUUGGAACGUCCAAACCCGGCUAGGGCAAGGCGUCUCGGCCUCAGUAUACCGUGUGAGCUCAGGGAGGGCGAGUACGGCCGCGGUUAAGGAGUUCCAGGCUGACACUCAGAGUGGAGAUUACGGGUACCAAAAGGAGAGGUCCGUGCUGGAAGACAUACAAGGACACAAAAACAUCGUAACGCUGUACGGGGUGUUCACCAACCGCAGCCAGGUGGGUGUGGCCACGCACUGCCUGCUGCUUGAGCUGCUGGACGUCAGUGUGUCUGAGCUGCUUGUGAGGGCCAGUACCCAAGGCCGAGCCUGCAGCCCCCAGUGUGGUGGUUCCCAGAAGCAGGGCCACUCCAUGUGGCUGGUGCAGCACUGUGCCAGGGACGUCCUGGAGGCCCUUGCCUUCCUCCAUAGAGCGGGCUAUGUCCAUGCCGACCUCAAGCCCCGCAAUGUGCUCUGGAGCGCAGACGAUGAGUGCUUCAAACUCAUCGACUUUGGCCUCAGCUUCAAAGAGGGCAACCAGGAUGUGAAAUACAUCCAGACAGAUGGGUACCGUGCCCCGGAGGCUGAGCGUCAAUACUCCCUGGCCCAGGCGGGGAUGGAGGUGGAUGGUGACUCUGGCUGCUCGGCCGCUGUGGACCUCUGGAGCUUGGCAAUCGUCCUAUUGGAGAUGUACUCGGGCAUCAAACUCAAAGACACCGUCAGGACACCCGAGUGGAAGGACAACAGUGCAGCAAUAGUCGACCAGAUCUUUGCCAGUAACAGUGUGGUGGUUCCUGCCAUCCCUGUCUAUCACCUCAGAGACCUUAUCAAAAGUAUGCUUCACAACAACCCCAAGCACAGAGGCACAGCCGAGAAGGCCCUGCUUAGCCCGUUCUUCAGCAUUCCUUUUGCUCCUCACAUAGAAGACUUGGUUCUGCUUCCCUCUCCUGUUCUGCGCCUGCUCAACCUGAUUGAUGACGGCCACCUGCACAAUGAGGAGGAGUAUGAAGACAUCUUGGAGGACAUGACGGAGGAGUGUCAGAAGUAUGGCUCUGUGGUCUCUUUGCUCAUCCCCAAGGAGAACCCAGGCAAAGGACAGGUGUUUGUAGAAUACGCUAACGCAGGCGACUCCAAAGAGGCCCAGAGACUGUUGACGGGACGGACCUUUGACGGGAAGUUUGUCGUUGCCACGUUCUACCCCCGGAGUGCUUACAAGAGAGGCUAUCUGUACCAGACCGUGCAGUGAACACACACACACACACACACACACACCGUCUGCUGAAGAGCACAGGCCUAGGCCUCAGUCAGUCACUGUCAUGAUGUGUAUAGUCAUAUCAGAUCACCACUCUGCUUUCUGCAGCCUUUAGAGCCAGAGUUAACCUAGUGUGUCCUGUAGCUUUACUGUAUGUAGCAACAGUCUGCGAAAGGAAAGAUUUGUAUAAUCCAAUCUUCCAUGUCCUGCUAUGGGGAUGUAUACUGCUGGAUGCUACGGUUGACAUAUUCAGAUGGGUCAUAUGUUUAUCAUAGCUGGCUUGACUUUUGAUAAAUGGAUCCUCACUGGCCAAAACUGCACACUUUCCCACUUUGCACACGGUGCUCAUGUCAAACCCUGAACAAGAUAAUUACUUGAUGUCCACCGAUCUUGAAGAGCACAAGUACAGUACCAAGUACCCUAUGGGUUUCGUAAACCCAG